AUGGAAUUUCUUUCUUCAAUUACUGUGGAGGUCGGAAAGUGCUGUUUUGCAGCCGCUGGUGAUCAACUUGGUUACUUGUUUCAUUACAACCACAACAUUGAAAACUUGAAAAAGCAAGCUAAGAAGUUGGAAGAUAGCAGAGACACGGUGAAAAUGAAAAUAGAAUCUGCUAAAAGCAAUGGAGAAAACAUUUUUCCCGAGGUUCAAAGCUGGAUAGCAGAAGUGGAUAACAUUUCCGCAAAAGCUGAACAGUUUUUUGAAGAUGAAGACAAAGCCAACAAGAGGUGCCUCAGAGGGUGGUGCAUUAAUCUCAAACAACGUUAUCGAUUCAGUAAGGAGGCAAAGAAGCACACUCUGGAGAUUUCUGAUCGGCUCCAGGAAGUGGAAAAGUUUGAGAGUGUGUCUUGUCCUGCCCCUCCAUCUGGAAUUAUAUCGUCAUCGAAGUUAUUUUCUUCUGGCCCUUUCGGAUCUAGAAAUUCAAUUAAGAAGCAAGUUAUGAAGGACUUAACUGAUAGUGACAGUGUCAGCAUAAUUGGAAUAUGGGGAAUGGGGGGUGUGGGUAAAACCACGCUAGUUAAAGAAAUCAGCCAACAUGUAAAAGAAGCUAAGACGUAUGAUGUUGCAGUGAUGGCGGUUGUCUCUCAAACCCCUAGUAUUAUGAAGAUUCAAAGUGAUAUUGCUGACAUGUUAGGUGUAACAAACUUGCCGGCUAGUUCUGAAAUAGCAAGAGCAAGUUUCCUAUGGGAGAGAAUCAAGGAGAAGAAGAAGAUCCUCAUUAUUUUAGAUGACGUUUGGGAAAGAAUUAAAUUGGAUGAGAUUGGUAUUCCUUUUGGGAGUGACCAUAGAGGUUGUCAAAUUUUAAUCACCUCUCGAAGCAAAACUGUAUGUAAUCAAAUGGAGUGUCAGGAGAUAUAUACAGUUGAAACUUUAUCAAAACAAGAAUCUUGGGCACUUUUCAGUGAGAUUGUCAACUCAAAUGUCAAAACUUCUGACAUAAGCUCUUUUGCAAGAGAGAUAGCUGCUAAAUGUGGUGGCUUGCCACUUGCAAUUGUGAUAAUAGCAGGAGCUUUAAAGGGCAAGAACAAGCAUGUGUGGAGAAACGCGGCACGACAACUUCAAAAGUCCAACCCAUCUGACAUCCCAGGCGUGGAAGGGAUCUUAUUUUCAUCUUUGGAGCUAAGCUUGCAUUAUCUAGAAAAAGCGGAGUCAAAAUCACUUUUCUUAUUUUGUAGCUUAUUUCCAGAGGAUUACGAAAUUCCAAUUGAAGUUUUAGUGAGAUACGCGAUUGGUCAUAGGUGGUUUAAAGUUGAUGAUACAAUAGAAGAUGUCAGAGAUAGAGUUCAUGCUAUUGUAAGUACCAUCACUUCUUCCUUUCUCUUAAUUGAUGAUGAUGAUGGUGAAGAGUAUGUUAAAAUGCAUGAUGUAGUGCGGGAUUUCGCAUUAAACAAGAUCCAAUACAACCACCAUUCUUGCCAUAACCUAGUUGAAGAAGGGUUCAUUGAUGAGACAAUAGAAGAUGUCAGAGAUAGAGUUCAUGCUAUUGUAAGUACCAUCACUUCUUCCUUUCUCUUAAUUGAUGAUGAUGAUGAUGGUGAAAAGUAUGUUAAAAUGCAUGAUGUAGUGCGGGAUUUCGCAUUGAACAUAGCUCCUAAAUACAACUACCAAUUCUUGGUAAAAGCUGGCAUUGGUCUACGAGAGUGGACAAAUAUAGAUACAUUUGAAGAUUUCACAUGUUUUGAUGUUGCAAGGCAAUUUUGA